AUGGCUUUCGCAGAGCACUCAUCGCUGACCCCUCACCGUCGUCGGGAUCUCUGUAGCCGCUCCAUCUGGCUAGCAAGAAAGAUUCGUUCAGACCUGACGGCUCUUAUGGAAUCUUAUGUGAAGCAUCAGGGCCUGCCCAAGGACAUGGACCUGGAUUCUGUGGAUGGUGUGCCAAUGGCAAGCACUGAUCGCUGGAGUGAGCUGCCUGAGGCAGAACGACUCCUAGAGAACCUCCAAGCUUAUCGUACCUUCCAUGGUAUGUUGAUCAGGCUUUUAGAUGACCAACGGGUGCAUUUCACUCCAGCUAACAGUGACUUCCAUCAAGCAAUACAUACCCUUCUACUCCAAGUUGCUGCCUUUGCUUACCAGCUGGAAGAAUUAAUGGUGCUCCUGGAACACAAGAUCCCCCCCAGGGAGGCUGAUGCGAUGCCUGAAAUAGUUGGAGAUGGUGGUCUCUUUGAAAAGAAGCUGUGGGGCCUAAAGGUGCUCCAAGAGCUUUCCAAGUGGACAGUAAGGUCCAUCCAUGACCUUCGUGUCAUUUCUUCUCAUCAGACUGGGAUCUCAGCACAUGAAAGCCGAUAUAUUGCUAAUGACAAGAAAAUAUAG